AUGUUUGGAGGAGGUUGUGCUGAGAGGGGGGAACAGACGUCAUUAGCCCGGGUGGAGAUGCCUCUUCUGCUGCUCCUCUAUCUCCCCUCAGCACCUGUUCUGGCUCCAGAUGAGAUCAGGAAGGUGGGGCAGCGGAGGGCAAAGAAAGGAGGGUGUGGAAAGAGGACCUGGGCAGAGGUGAGCUGUGGGUGCUGGGAUGCCUCCUCAUCGAUCCCCUCCUCAGACCAUUUAGCACCUCUGCUGCUCCGCCGGCCGUGGCCACAGCUGCAUGUGUGGUCCGAACUGCCGAGCACCACUGAGCCGGGAGAGGCACAAUAUCUGUCUUGGCAGCAUCCUCCUCACUAA